UUCAACCCGGGCUAUACAGAUGUGACGCUACAGCGUGGCUCUAGACGAUGGACAGUUACUCAUUUGUCCGACCUGGAAAAUUAAAAUUAAAAGGUGAGAAGAAGAAAAAGCACCACAAAAGACAUCACGAAUCGAAACCAAAGGUUGAGAAAACAGAACGUAUUUUGGAAGCAGAUGCUCAUGGUGGAUGGUGGUCUGUGAAAGAAUUCGAUGAAGUGAAGGAUUCAAUAGCAAUACAAGUUUAUGUUGCAACUGAUAAACCGUUGACGGCUGAUGGAUUUGAAGCGGCUACACACUCUGGACCGGAUGCUAAUAACAAGGAGUUUACAGGUGCUUGUUACUUAUCAGCUACCGAUGAAGGUUUGGUUGUUAUCGGACCACCAAGGAAGUACGGAGAACCACCAGCUCCAGAAGAGAUUUUCACCGCUAUGCAAGUUUCUGAUACUAAAGUUGCAUUUAAAUCUGGGUACGGUAGAUAUCUUGGUGUUUCUACCAAAUCCGAUGCUAUUUUGGCAGCCACAGCAGAUGCUGUUGGAGUUUUUGAACAAUUCGAACCAAUUUUUCAAGAUGGUCGUAGUGCUAUGUUAGGAGCAAACAAUUGUUUCCUUUCAGCUGAUCCGAUUACGGAUGAUAUUAUAUUCAAAAGUCAACAAGCCAAAACCAAUGAAAUGGUUAUUUUUCGUUCUAAUAAACCUCUUAUCCAUGAUCCUUUAUUGGAUAUACCAGAAGAAGAACGCGAAGGCUUGAAAAAAGCUGAAGUUAAUUAUGUACGUAAAUUCCAAAGUUGGCAAGAUCAAAAGCUUCGUUUAAGCAAAGAAGAUUUCAGUAAUGUAAAGCGCGCUCGUCAUACUGGCAAUCUGUAUGAAUGUCUACUAGAUCGACGUGAAAAAAUGAAAUCAGAUCGAUACUGUAAAUAAUGAUAAUUCAUCAUGUAAAUUUUAAUUGUCUUUUUUACGGAACAUGUAUUAUUCAUUCAUCGGUUGUUGAAAUCGUCAAGACAGGUUUUAUUCUUUACCAUCGGAAGAUAAUUUAUCUUAAUGUUUCUUUCUUUCUUUGUUAAUAAAUUUUUUCAAAAUUUUUAGUUUUUUAAAAAAAUAAAAUUCUGGUAGAUAUAA